AUGUCUUCAACUACAGUCCAAGACACUCCUGAGAAGGCACCUGAUGAUUCUUCCAAGUUGAAGACUUUCUUGUCCAUUCUCCGCAAGUUCGUCGGAGUAGCCGACAUCGCGUCUGUUCGUUUCUCAUUGCCUGCGCAUCUUCUAGAACCCACGCCAAAUCUGGAAUACUGGAAUUACCUAGACAGACCGGAGGCCUUUGCAAGCAUUGGUCAAUCGGAAGAUCCGCUGGGACGUACGCUGGAGGUUUUGAGAUUUUGGUUCACCAAGGACUUGAAAUACAUCAAAGGCAAACCAUGCAAGCCGUACAAUUCUACCUUGGGGGAAUUCUUCAGAUGCACUUGGGAAGUAGAUCAGACGCUCCCAGAAGUCUCGCCGACUCCAAAAACUUCCUCCAACGCAAAGAAUAGCAGCGCAGAUUCCGUCAAGAUAUGCUACUUAACUGAACAAACUUCUCACCACCCUCCGGUUUCGGCUUUUUUUAUAGACUGCCCGGAUACAGGGGUCUCGGCGCGUGGUUUCGACCAGAUCAGUGCCAAGUUCACCGGCACCAGCAUCCGGGUCGCUCCUGGCCAGCAUAACCUGGGAAUAUUCGUCAACUUGAAAAACAGAGAUGAUGAGGAAUACCACUUGACUCAUCCUGCAGCACACCUUGGUGGUCUCCUCAGAGGCGCUUUGGCGAUCUCUGUCUCGGACACUUGCUACAUCACUUGUGCGAAGACGCGCAUCAAGGUCAUUUUACAGUACCUGGAGGAGGGCUGGAUUGGUCGGGCGCAGAAUAAGGUUGAGGGUGUGAUCUUCCAGUACGAUCCGGAUAAGGAUGUGACUACGAGAAUCAAAGAUGUACCCGAAGGCGAUGUUCUUGCCCGGAUCAGUGGCUCUUGGCAUGGACAAGUUUUCUACACGUUGGCCGGUACAAACGAACCUCGGCUUUUGAUCGAUGUCACACCCCUCUUCCCAGUCGCGAAGACGCUGCCUCCAGAAGAGAGUCAACUAUCCAACGAAUCUCGCAAGUUUUGGUCCUUGGUCACCGAAGCGAUCGUCGACAAAAAGUACGGCCAGGCCACCAAGCUCAAGCAAGACAUCGAGGAACGACAACGACAAAAGGCCGCAGAGCGUCAGAACAAGAACGAAACGUGGCAGCCUCGUUUCUUCACCGGCGCUGUUACACCUUUGGGAAGACCCGAGCUAACAGAUGAAGGGUUGAAGGUACUUGAAGGGCUACGCAGCGGUGAUUAUAGGUUGGACGAGAGUGUAACGAAGGGUGCAUAG